CUGGUGGUUUUUACUCGGACCUGUUUUAAUGCAGAGCAGUCCGCCUCGGCAAUUCUUCCGUCUCAAGAUGGCGGAGUAUGCAAACCUUGUCCGAAGGGCUUUAGGACAAUUAAGAGGUCAUGGUGGAGUCCGAGGUUUUCUUCUUCAAUUAGUCAGGGUGAAUGAUGUGAAGACGGGAACCCUGGUUGGUGUGGAUAAAUAUGGAAACAAAUACUUUGAAGACAACAGGCACUACUUCUUUGGACGUCACCGCUGGGUGGUCUACACAACAGAGAUGAAUGGAAAGAACACCUUGUGGGAGGUGGACGGCAGCAUGGUUCCAGCCGAAUGGCAUCGCUGGCUGCACUGCAUGACAGACGACCCCCCCACCACACAUCCGCCAGAGCCCAAGAAGUUCCUGGCAGACAUCCACCAGUUCAACGUGAGUGGCAGCUCGCAGCAGUACGUGCCCUACUCCACCACCCGCAAGAAGAUCCACGAGUGGGUUCCACCCAAAGCCGGAGCUCAGUGAACUCUGACUGCUUAUCUGUAAAUUAUGGUAUCCUGCCACUGUAUCCAGCAUGUCCUGAAUAAAAUCUCUAAACAUUUA